AUGUUUCGCAAUCAGCUGCAAUCACACUUUGCAUCCAUCACCAUCAGCCUUAAGGGAGCAUGUCAUCGGUUUAUGACUUGCCUCCGCCCGACAUUUCUGGAUGCUUUCACCGCUGGCGGUUGUCUAGCACGACCAAGUGGCUGUCUGGUGAAUGGAUCCAAGAGAAGCACUUUCUGUGCGGACCCUUGUUCGGCGAGUCCAAUUGGCGUUGUUGUGGGAGCUCAUGCACGUCGGAUACCGGCGAACGGGACUCACUCAAAAGGAUCCGAUGGCUACACGGGCACCGGUCGAGGUCAUUUGUGUAGGGACGAAAUGAAAGAAACUCCACACUUUCCAAAUUUGCCGUUAACUUGCUUCAUCUUCUCGCCCCAAAUCAACGUUUUCCAGGCAGGCUCGUGUAUUUUUAAGGACCAACACCUGAAAGUUGUCGUGGAGACUUUUUAUUUCGUAUGCAAGAAAAUGGCGAAGAGGUUCAUCGGUUGA